GAUCUCUGAACACCGCCCUGCCGGAUCCAAUCCAGCGAAACCUCCUGCAGCAGUUCAUCGACCUGAGGGCCGUGAGCGGCAGCUCCAAAGCGUUUUGCUCAAUUGGCAUGGAUGGUUCCGAAGAGGAAGCGUUGGUCUGCCUUUUUGAGAUGGGAUGGGUGACGCAUGUCUCGGAAAACCAGAAGUCGUCGGCGGCCGAGAAGUCGAAGGACAUGUGGCAGCUGACUUCCAAGCCGCUGGAGCUGAUCAAAGUCCAAUUUGCUCUGGGAUGCCCGUUCAGUGUGUUCCAACGAAGGUCGGGAGUGGCGUUGAAAGACGCCACCAUAUUUGAGCUCAUGAUUCAGCUGCAG